AUGGCGUCGUCCCUCCGGGUACACAGCGCCGCCAAGCUGCUGCGCACGGCGGUCCCGCGCGUCGUCGCCGGCCAGCGACGCUUCAAGACCGACGAUACCGCUGCCAAAGCCCUCACCGAGUCCGGCCCCGUCACCACGGCCACCAAGACCCCGGCCGAGCGCGCCCCCAAUUCUCCCGAUUACGCCGCACACAUUGACAAGGCUACGUCGACGUACACCCCCGUCCCCAAGCGCGUCAUGGACGGCAGCGAGGACACCGAGGUCCUGCCCGCCGCCGUGCUCUCGGGGGCCCCCGUCGAGCUGCAAGCCCGCACCGUCCGCAUCUACCAGCCCGCCAAGCCCGCCUCGCAGUCGGGCAACUGGGGCUCGCACCACUGGCGCAUGGACUGGGACGUGCUGGCCAAGGGCCACCGCUGGGAGAAUCCCCUGAUGGGCUGGCAGUCGUCGGGCGACAUCAUGCAGGGCACCCACCUCAACUUCAAGUCCAAGGAGGACGCCAUCGCCUUUGCCCAGAAGCAGGGCUACGAGUUCUUCGUCCAGGAGCCCAACACCCGCGCCUUCACCCCCAAGGCCUACGCCAACAACUUCAUGUACUCGCCCGGCAAGCUCAAGCACCGGCGGGGCUAA